UUACAGGGGUCAAUUCGUUUCGUUUCCUCUGGAAAUCUAUUUCGGUUUCGGAAGAGUUGUUAACGAAACGCCGAGAUCUCGGCCGAGGAACGAAAAAUCGUUCUCUGCGAUUCGACCUCGCUUGCCGCCAUGUCCAUGGACGCCCGCCACGCAUCCUUAGGCCGACGAACGUUGGAAGACAUUCGGCAAAAGAGAGCUGCCGAGAGAAUUAGCAAAACUUCUUCGGGGCCAGAUCUCAGCACAGCCUCCAUUCAACAUGAUAUUAUUGGGAUGAAAAAAUCGGAGAGCGCAAAUCGACUCAUGGAGGCAGAUGUUAGUGGUUUGGUAUCUCAGAUACAAGACCUACUUAAGAAGAAUGCGGAGUUGGAGGAAGAGAAUAGGACAUUGACUUCUAGGCUUCAAACAAGGGAAGCCGAGAAUGACAUGCUACAGAAGCGUUGGACUGAGCUGGAACAAAACACUGUACCCUCUUUGAGAAAAGCUCUAAAGGAUGUGGCAAUGGAGAAAGAUGCAGCAGUUGUUGCACGGGAGGAUCUGUCUGCACAGCUUCGUAUGCUCAAGAAACGGAUAAAGGAAGCAGAGGAGGAACAGUAUCGAGCUGAGGAAGAUGCUGCAGCCUUGAGAGCAGAGCUGAACUUGAUACAGCAACAAGCAAUGAAUCAACAUGGUGGAAUCAGCUCAAUGGAAAAUUUCCCAGAUCAUAUAAGAACCUUAGAAAAGGAGCUAGCUAGCUUAAAAUCUGAGUUGCAGCAAGUGUCAGUAUUGAGGCAGCAGGAGCAACAGCGAUUAGCAGAAGAGCAGGCCCGAACUUUAGCUCUUGUGUCUGAAAAGCAGGAGUUGGAAGAGAAACUGACAGCUUUAUCUAGAAGGGCUUCAGAAGAAGUCUCAGAAAAAGCAGCUCAGAAGGGGUUUUCACUGGAAGACAAGGAAAAACUUGAGAAGCAGUUGCAUGACAUGGCUGUAGUGGUUGAGCGAUUAGAAAGUAGCAGACAGAAACUGCUAAUGGAGAUUGAUUCUCAAUCUUCAGAGAUAGAACGUCUUUUUGAGGAAAAUACUAAUCUCUCAAGUUCCUAUCAAGAGUCAGUGGGCAUAGCUGUGCGCUGGGAGAAUCAGGUGAAAGACUGUCUUAAGCAAAAUGAAGAGCUCCGUGAAACUCUCGAUAAGUUGAGAACAGAACAAGCUGGCUUGCCUGAAUCAAUGUAUAGAGAUGGGGUAAAUGAGACCACUUCCAUAGCAUCUACUACUGAAGUUUUCUCCCUCAAGGGCCAACUUGCAAAAGAACAGAGCAGAGCAGAAGCACUGUCAGCAGAGGUUAUGCAGCUCUCAGCACGGCUUCAACAAGUCACGCAAGCAUAUAAUGGUCUUGCAUAUCUCUAUAAACCGGUUUUACGGAACAUUGAAAGCAGUCUCAUCAAAAUGAAGCAAGAUGGAUCUAUGACCGUGCGGUGAAUGCAGAAAAGCAGUUUUGUGGUGAUAUUUUUGUGUGAGCUCGUCAAACAAGAACAUUCAUUUGUAAAGGGUUUUAGAGUUGGGCCGAGCAUUUUUUCCAUAAAGAAAUAAUACCAUAAUGAUUGUUGACAUGGCUAUUUAAAAGGAUAUUGAUGAGAUGAUUUUGUAUGACAAUACCCUAUUAAACGAAAAAAAAAAAAUGUAGAAACCACAAUUAGUGGGUUUGGUUUCUUCUUA